AUGGACCCAGGCGGGCCGACACGUGUUAACCUUGAUCUUAUAUUUUCGCAGCAUCCUAAAUUUAAUCUUGGGUCAGACAACACUAGACGUUACUUUAACUCAUUACGAAGUCUUUCAACAGCCAUGACUGUGACUAUUUCCAGUGACCCCGAUGUCGUUCAGAUAGUCGGUACUGAUAAUUGCGUCAACUAUUUCGUGGCUGCUCUCGACUUCAUUUCACUGGAACUACACAACUGUUCCUCGACUAAUUUUGAGGGCUCUGUGGUCAACAACUUUAUCACCCUCAAUGCCAUUAUGUGGAAUGUGACAGACAAAAGUCCUGAUGUGUGCAAUCGCCUUGUCCUAGCCGAUGCUCACAAGUCACUAUGGAAAUUUAUAGCUCGGAAGGAGCUUUCCUCCACUUUUUUUAAAAUCACGAACGCGAGACUGCUUGUGCAUUGUUCUCUUGGAAUACUCCACAAUAUCCUACGUUAUUGUCCCUGCGCACGUGAUGACUACCGUGUCUGUGGUGGUAUUGAAAUAUUGGGACCAUUUUUAGCUGACACAUAUGUUUCCGAUCUGUUGAUAUCCCUGAAGACAGCUGCAUUGUUUGCCUUAGCUUCUAUUGUAAACGAAAAUGAGAGUGUUUCGAUAAUGACUACGGAUGAAGGCGUUCUGACACAUAUUCUUUCAGCUUUACGCGAUUCUCUACAAUCCCCGCCUUACUAUUAUUCGACGAAGUAUGGUUAUCACGCAGCUGAGAUAUUUGGCUGCCUCGGCUGUCUGGCCGGUCCCGACUCGAAUAAAAGAAAUCUCCUUGCGAACAAUGCCUUGGAGUUGAUAUCUAAUGCCCUUCAGAUCUCCUUGACUGUUAAAAACGGGGCUUUUGUGAAUGGCUCAAAACCCGUAAUUAGUUCACGAGAUAGUUAUAAAUUUUCAGAGGAUAUUUUGGCCAAAGAAGCUAUUGACCUGCUGUGGCGUCUAAGCUGCCUCUGUGAAGUUCGUGAUCAACUUAAAGAAACUUCAGACCUGUACAAACUUUGUGCUCAGUUUAAUGAUAUUAAAUGGAAGGCAGAAUGUCGAAAAUCAGUUCAGGCUUUGCUUUGCACACUCUCCCAACAACAAAAUUGGUUAGAUGAGUCUGGCAACUUGGAUACUUCUGCAAUAACAGCUUCUCCUAAACCGCACGGACACGUCAUGAUAAGUUAUAACAAUAUGUCACAGCUACUGGUGACCAAGCUGAAAGAGGCCCUUUCUUCGCGUGGCUGGAGGGUUUGGAUUUUCACUGACCAUUGCCAGCACGGGUCUUUCCUCGAGCAUAUGGCGGAAGCGGUGUUCGAUUCCGCCGCAAUGAUUCUCUGUCUGAGUUCAUCCUACAACACCUCUUGUCAUUGCAUUAAGGAGGUCAUCUCGGCCUACGAAUACCACAUUCCUCUUCUACCGGUCGUAGUUGAACCCGACUAUGUUCCCAUUAAUUUUAUCAGAUUUGUACUGACUGGUGCACAACAAAUUCAGCUUUUUGAUGAAUCACAUGUUGAAGAUGCAGCAGAUAAACUUACGGAACAGUUGCAAUGUUAUGGUGUGAUGCGAGAUCUCGUGGGGGGUCAAACACAUUCAUCUACAAGCUCUUUACCCCGGACAAUUUCAUUCUCAAAAUCGGUCAGUCACUUUAAAAUCCACCAGCGAUCUAAGUCAAACUGUCUUGACAUCGCAUCCACUGGUCCGGCGCAGUUAGAAACUACAUCUGCCCAAGAAGGCCUAGUUCCUGAAAGACUAUCUUUAUCUUCGUUGGGGUUAAGUCCCCGAACUCAGCCAAAGGAUAAUUGUUGCUUCUUCACUUUUACUCCUUUCAACGAUCCCUACCCCACCCACUUUCCCGCUCCUCUGGAAGCCUAUCUCGCAGAGCAAAUUCCAUCUGAGGCCGUGCGUCUCUGGCAAGAGGACCGAGUUCGUCAGUGGCUUGCGGAGCAUUCUCUUUCGCAUUAUGCCCAUGCAUUCGCCCGAAUGAAUGGCCAGCACCUCUACGAAUUAGCUUGGCAUCGAAUUCGUGGUUGCGAUUCCUUCUUUCGCAAUCUCGGCUUCGGAAUUCAUAUGCCACUUUACGAACAACUUCUCCUCUCAAGUGCCCUGGCCAGCCUUCACAAUUACACUGAGCUAUAG